AGGGCCCUGGAGUAUAAAGCAGAAUGUCUGCUCUCUGUGCCCAGACGUGAGCAGGCCUCCCUCCACCUGUCUUCUCAGAGCAGAUAAUGGCAAGCAUGGCUGCCGUGCUCACCUGGGCUCUGGCUCUUCUUUCAGCGUUUUCAGCCACCCAGGCACGGAAAGGCUUCUGGGACUACUUCAGCCAGACCAGCGGGGACAAAGGCAGGGUGGAGCAGAUCCAUCAGCAGAAGAUGGCUCGCGAGCCCGCGACCCUGAAAGACAGCCUUGAGCAAGACCUCAACAACAUGAACAAGUUCCUGGAAAAGCUGAGGCCUGUGAGUGGGAGCGAGGCUCCUCGGCUCCCACAGGACCCGGUGGGCAUGCGGCAGCAGCUGCAGGAGGAGUUGGAGGAGGUGAAGGCUCGCCUCCAGCCCUACAUGGCAGAGGCGCACGAGCUGGUGGGCUGGAAUUUGGAGGGCUUGCGGCAGCAACUGAAGCCCUACACGAUGGAUCUGAUGGAGCAGGUGGCCCUGCGCGUGCAGGAGCUGCAGGAGCAGUUGCGCGUGGUGGGAGAAGACACCAAGGCCCAGCUGCUGGGGGGCGUGGACGAGGCGCGGGCUUUGCUGCAGGGACUGCAGAGCCGCGUGGUGCACCACACCGGCCGCUUCAAAGAGCUCUUCCACCCAUACGCCGAGAGCCUGGUGAGCGGCAUCGGGCGCCACGUGCAGGAGCUGCACCGCAGUGUGGCUCCGCACGCCCCCGCCAGCCCCGCGCGCCUCAGUCGCUGCGUGCAGGUGCUCUCCCGGAAGCUCACGCUCAAGGCCAAGGCCCUGCACGCACGCAUCCAGCAGAACCUGGACCAGCUGCGCGAAGAGCUCAGCAGAGCCUUUGCAGGCACUGGGACUGAGGAAGGGGCCGGCCCGGACCCCCAGAUGCUCUCCGAGGAGGUGCGCCAGCGACUUCAGGCUUUCCGCCAGGACACCUACCUGCAGAUAGCUGCCUUCACUCGCGCCAUCGACCAGGAGACUGAGGAGGUCCAGCAGCAGCUGGCGCCACCUCCACCAGGCCACAGUGCCUUCGCCCCAGAGUUUCAACAAACGGACAGUGGCAAGGUUCUGAGCAAGCUGCAGGCCCGUCUGGAUGACCUGUGGGAAGACAUCACUCACAGCCUUCAUGACCAGGGCCACAGCCAUCUGGGGGACCCCUGAGGGUCUACCUGCCCAGGCCCAUUCCCAGCUCCUUGUCUGGGGAGCCUUGGCUCUGAGCCUCUAGCAUGGUUCAGUCCUUGAAAGUGGCCUGUUGGGUGGAGGGUGGAAGGUCCUGUGCAGGACAGGGAGGCCACCAAAGGGGCUGCUGUCUCCUGCAUAUCCAGCCUCCUGCGACUCCCCAAUCUGGAUGCAUUACAUUCACCAGGCUUUGCAAA